AUGGAUGGCGACGACGAACUCCCCUUCGAUUUCUUCUCGCAGACGGCGUCUUCUGGUGCUGCGGCGCACCACAUCGACGAGGACGGGUGGGGGAUGACGCCCCCUCGUCUCCGGGGAUCCGCCGGCCGCGGCUUGGUGGCAGGGGGGCUCGGCCGCGGCUCGGUGGCCGGGGGGCUCGGCCGCGGCUCGGUGGCCGGGGGGCUCCGCGCUCCCAUCGGGCUGGAGAACAUCGACCUCAACGCCGACUCCGCCGUCGCCGCCUCCUACCCCAACAUGGGCAUGUACACGCAACUUUUUCAUCAGGGGAGUGCGGCCGGCCAUGGUGUGCCCCUCCAGCGGACCAGAUCGGACGGCGUGGCGCAGCGACAGGGUCGACCACCUCGCCAAGGUCUCCCCCCAGUGAGGGCCCAGGAUCGUCGUGGCAUGCAAGGCAUAAUCGAUCGACGCCUUGGUGUUGACCUGUAA